AUGGCCGAUGGCUGCACCUUCAACGCGCCCGUCUUCCCCAUUGCUACCGAGGUACCCAUCAACGGUUUCCGCGGCUCUCUCCACCAGACAGUCUUCUUCGCACCCUCCUACCACCGCGACGACGCAGAUAACAAUCCCGUCAGCCAGCCACUGACUUGGUCCUUGGUCGACAAUUAUGGCUCUCGCACUGCAAGCCGAUCCGGCGUCGAUGGUAUCACUUUGGGCAUGGUACUCGUCUCCUUCUUAUACGUCGGCUUCAUAACCCCUUCCUCGAAACGCGGCACUCCAUUCCACAAGUGCCUCCUCUCCGCCCUCUUCCUUGACCUGAUCUAUCGGCUCCUCAUCGUCCUUCAAGACAGCUCUCUUACAUUCGGUCGAUUCCCAGCAUACCGCUCUCUCACACAAGAUCCAAUCUCCAGCUACACAACGGCUUAUACCAUCUAUACCCUCACACUCGCCAUCUUCAGGCUCGCUUCGACCGCUGCCACCACCAUCACACUACUCUUGCAGCCCAAAAGUAUCCUCUCGGUCUUGCGCAUGACUCGUCGAGUGCUGUUCAUCAGCAUCAUCAUAUACCUCUGCUUGGCCUCUACGGCAACACUAAUCUUCCAGAUCCUCUUUGUGGUCAUCCAGAUCCAUACCAUUAACCUGUCCGGGGACUCCACGACCCCAAUGAAUGGUCUCGACAGGAGACUCGUCUCGCGCGGCCUGUACCUCGCCUCAGCCAUCGCGAUCUGUAGCUUCUGCGCCAUCUCUUUGGCUUACAUCGUCUACGCACUGGGCAACCGCCGUAAAGUCACGGCAGCGACACCAGGAGACUCGUCCUCAUACUGGAUGAGAUGGCGCCUGCUGAGCAGGUACGAGCGCGCCCUGACGACUCUGAGCAUGGUCCUACUUCAGUCCUUGAUAGCGCCAUUGAUACUGGAGGUCUUGAGCUUUGUGAGAAUCGCGACGGUAGUGGACGGGGUAGUGGAGACAGAUCUAAGCGUGAGUGUGGUGAAUGUGGUGAAUGUGCUUGUCGUGCCUACGGUGCUGGUGUUGCUGCCGUUUGGCGGGCUAUUCGACGGGGAGGGAGAUGACGGACGCGCGCCAAGGCGAAGGAUAGAGGAAACCGUUGGGGAUGCUGUUGAUGGUGGUGGCCGGCCUUGUCGAGAUGAUGGUGCAGGUAGCGAUAACAAUCUCGGCUUAUUGGGCGGGCCCCGGGAGAACAUUAGAAGCGGCAUCGGCUUUGCUGAUCGGGAGCUGGAGGAGAUUGAUCGUUUGUAG